AUGGCGCUAACUCGACGUCCUCUUCGCCUCACAUUUCUCGGCUGCGGCCACAUUGGCAGUGCUCUUCUUAGAGCCGUGCUUCCAUCGGUCACUAAGACUCAGAGCUCAAUUUCUAAAAUUACGGUUGCGUUGAACGACAAAGAAGCACAAACGCGACUUCAAAAAUCUUUCGAUGGCAAAUUGGAUCCCUCAAACUUUCUUUGCAGAAAGAAUGUUGAAGCAGUCGAGAAUGCAGAUGCUGUUCUUUUUGCUUUCCCUCCAGAAAAGAUACAUGAGGUCCUUGCAGAAGCCGAAAUGAGAAAAGCGCUGAGGCAUAAAAUCAUGAUCAGCAUCCUUGCGCGGACUCCACGAGCUGAAAUAGCUCAGAUUAUAAAUGGGCAAGAUACCCCUGCAGCCUCAACGGCUGAUAACCUCCGAAUUGUUCGCGCGAUGCCGACUAUGGGAACGGAGGUACACGAGUCAGCAACCCUCAUUGGCAAGUCCAGCAAUCCUCUGGAAAGCGAAGCGGUGGAGCUAGGAGCGUGGAUCUUCAACUCCGUCGGCAGGGUCUUCCAUGUUACCCAUGAUUACUUUGAUGCCGCAACUGGUAUGAGUGCGUUUUCCAACGCAUUAACAACUACAGCGGUUCAGGUCAUAGCACAGCAGGCUGUCGCGGAAGGUAUACCAAAAGACCACGCCAUUGCCAUUGCAUCUCAAUGUAUUCGAGGAAUGGCAAGUCUGAUGCUGUCGGGAACAAGUCCUGAGCAGCUGCAGUGGUCUUUGUCUGCUCCAGGAAGCAUCACAGGUCAAGCGAUAUCGAGAUUGAAAGAGAGCCAACUCUCAGCAAUACUUGAAUCGUCGGUCUCUGCCGCAAUUCGUAGGGCAAAAGAGUACCGAACAUAG